UACUUGCAAGGUUAAAUUCAAGAAUAAUUUUUUCAUUAUUUUAAAAUGAUCUAAAUUACAAAAAAAAUUUUAUCGAAUAACUUUAUUUCAAAACUGUACAAACUCAAAGCAUAAUAUUAGUGAAAAAUAAUAUACCGUGUGAGACAAAGCCAGGAAUGCAUUUAAGUAAUAAUAAACAAAUGUGAUUUAUGAGUGAUUUAAGGCAAUUAAGUGACAUGAUGUCUGGAGAUUCAUCAACAUUACCACUUCCAGGUGGUGAGCUAAAAGUAGACGUCAACUCCUACACACCAAAUUCAUCAUUAUUUGCAAAUAACAAACAUGUAUAUAACGAAGACACAGCAGCUGUUUUAGUUGAUAUGAAAUUAAAUAAAGAUUUGGCAAUUCAAACGGAUCCUACUACAUUACCGAAUAAUCAAUUAGACAACAAUGUUGAUGAACAAACAGACACAAACGAAGGUGUAGGUGACGAAAUGAAAACUAUACCAUUAGUGGAUGAUUCCCCAACAGAAGAAGUGGAUGCUAUAUAUAAACGUAAUAGCGUACAGAAAAUCAACGAAGAUGACGGUCAAGAGAAAGAAGAAUGUGUUGUUAAAUGUUUGUAUUAUGCAAUACAAUGUUGUGAGUGUACGAUACAAUAAGUGGAAUUAUUAUAUUAUAACAUAAUUCAAUGUUUAAUAGUGCCUUCCAAAACUCUCACAAGUAGUUUGUAUACAUGUUUGGUAUUGUAAUAUUUUUUCUGAGAUAAAUAGGAGAAAAAUA